AGACGGUGAAACUGCGGCGGCCCAAGAGCGGCAGGGGCGGCGCACCUGGAGCCGGACUUGGCGCGCUCCCUGCGCCUUUGGGACCCACCGGCCUGGCGGAGGCGGAAAGAGUCGGUCGCUGCAGGGCUGCGCUCGGAGGAGACAUGCAGGACUGGGGGGCCGGCGGCGGAGGCAGAUGCCGGCUGGGGGCCGCCUUGGUGGGCCUCCUGCAGCUCUGCUCCACUGCCCUCGGCCUGGAGGUGUCGGUGGGCAAGGCACCGGUGAUCUAUGUGCAGAACGGCACGGACGUGCUCCUCCCCUGCACCUUCACCUCCUGCAUCGGCAUCGAGAACACGAACUUCACCUGGAUCUACAACCACACCGAAAUAUUCAAAGGGAUUAUCACCAGCAAAGAUGCCAGGCCUCGGCCCUACGAGAACUACAAGACGGACUUGAAGUACAUGCUGCCCGAUGACAUCCCCCUCAGCAAGGACAACCGGGAGUUCAACGUCUCCCUCCUCCUCCUCUUCGCAGACUUCAGCGACUCCGGGAAGUACACCUGCCUAGUCAAGAACCCAAAGGAGAGGAACGCCGUGCACAACGACAGCAUCACCCUCAAUGUGGUGGUGGAGUUGGAGAAGAAGGACAACACGUUGACGCUGAUUAUCUUGUCGGUUGUGGGGGGCGUCAUUGGACUUCUUAUCCUCAUCAUGCUAAUCAAGAAGCUCACCAUCUUCAUCCUCAAGAAAACACGGGAGAAGACGGAGUGCCUCGUGAGCUCCUCGGCAAAUGAUAAUACCGAGAACAACGGGCUGGCUGGCUCCAAAGGUCAACAGAAGGCAGCCCCAAAGGCUUGACGCUGGGACCUCCCUCGACGGCGCGGGAACCCACCCACCCCCAGGAACUGCCGGCCUGCAUGGCUCUGCGAUCGAGACCCAGGGGAAGCAGGGGACGGAGAGGCAUGCUGGCCAUCGCGGACGGGCCGAGGGCGCUGGAGGAGGCUCCACGGCGCUGCUUCUCCGAUAAAGCUGCAGGCAUUGGGCGGGCAGGCGUGGAGCUGACCAUUGCCUGGAGGUGGCAAGAGGGGGUGGGAGAAGGGGGAGCGAGGGGGGUGCUCGUUCAGGCAGCUCUGGAGCCUGGCAGUGCCAGGUAUGAGCUAGCGGACAGGAAUUUGCGAGAUGGAAGUGCAAGACAUUGGCAGGCGGCAGGGACAGGACCACAAACCUGGGUGGCCCACAGGCUGAGGGAAGCUGCUGGCGGCACCGUUCUCCUUCGUGGUGACCUGCUUUGGAAGGGAGGCUGCUUUCUAGAGCAUGGCAUGUAUGUGUGACUUUGUGUGUGUGUGUG